GACCACCAUAUGGGCACUGCUAAAUGUGGCUAGUUCAGUGAUAAAUCUGGCAAUGAUUAAUCCAGAGUUAUAAUUGCGACAUGGAAGAACCGACAACUCCUGUACGACAGCAACAUAAAUUAAAUGUUGGCAGUCUUCAAAGAUAUUUGACUGCCAAGGCACUUGUGUCAAAUAAAGACACGCUUACUGUCAGACAGUACAGUGCUGGUCAGUCAAACCCAACCUUUCUAAUCCAGACGCCGUCAAACAGUUACGUUCUCAGGAAGCGACCCCCAGGUGAGCUGCUGCCAGGAGCUCACAAGGUGGACAGAGAGUACAGAGUGCAGAAGGCUCUCUUCUCUGUUGGUUUCCCAGUGCCCCAGCCCCUCUUUCACUGCACUGAUGUUGAAGUCAUUGGAACAGAGUUCUACUUAAUGCAGCAUGUGAAGGGGCGCAUAUUCAGGGAUCUCCGUCUGCCUGGAGUGAGUCCAGCAGAGAGAACAGCUCUGUAUGUGGCUGCAGUGGAAGUGUUGGCAAAGCUACACUCCCUGGAUCUGGCGUCACUGAACCUUGAAGCAUAUGGAAGAGGACCAGGUUACUGCAGGAGACAAGUUUCCACCUGGACCAAGCAGUAUGCCGCAGCAGCCCACAGAGACAUUCCAGCCAUGAAUGAACUGUCUGAUUGGUUGAUGAAGAAUCUGCCAGCCAGUGACAAUGAGGUCACCCUCGUCCAUGGAGAUUACCGACUGGAUAACUUAAUAUUCCAUCCAACAGAGGCACAUGUGAUAGCUGUGUUGGACUGGGAGCUUUCUACCACUGGACAGCCCCUGGCAGAUCUGGCCUACUUCCUUAUGCCACAUUACUGGCCCACAAGUCUUAACAUUACCAGCACGAUGGGCAGUUUAAAAGGAAGAGAAGGUAUUCCAACUGUGCAAGACCUGAUCUCCAUUUACUGCAGGUGCCGGGGGAUCCCCCCUGCAUUGCCACAAUUGAAUUUCUACUUGGCCUUAUCUGUCUUUAAAAUGGCAGGAAUUGCCCAGGGGAUCUAUGCUCGUCACCUCCUGGGUAAUGCCAGUGCACCAAAUGCAGCUCAAUUUGGCCAGUAUGUGGAGCCCUUGGCUAAGGUUGCCUUGCAGCUUGGGCAGAGGCCCCUCACAGGUCCAACAAAAGACAGAUUGUUCCUCCAGACAGCUAAAGGUCAGGCUGUUCUCCAGCAGGUCAAAGACUUCAUGAGACAAUAUGUGCUUCCUGCUCAGAAGGAAGUUGCGGCAUAUUACUCCAAAAACGCUCAGUCUCCACAGAGAUGGCACACCCCUCAAAUUAUAGAGGAACUAAAGAGUAAAGCCAGGGAGGCAGGGCUGUGGAACCUGUUCCUGCCUACAGUCAGUGGACUCACUCAGUUGGAUUAUGCCUAUAUUGCAGAAGAAACUGGACGCUGCAUGUUUGCUCCCGAGGUCUUUAACUGCCAGGCACCUGACACAGGAAAUAUAGAGGUGCUCCACAUGUUUGGCACUGAGGAGCAGAAGAAAAAGUGGCUGGAGCCUUUGCUCAGUGGAGAGAUUCGCUCCUGCUUCUGUAUGACAGAACCUGAUGUGGCCUCCAGUGAUGCAACCAACAUGGAGUGCAGUCUCCGCAGGGAUAAAGACAAUUACAUCAUUAAUGGCAAAAAAUGGUGGAGCAGUGGUGCCGGCAAUCCCCGAUGCAAAGUGGCCAUUGUGAUGUGCAGGAGCAGCCCUCGGGAUGUUAAAAACAGGCAUGGCCAGCACAGUAUGAUCCUCGUGCCUAUGGAUACAACAGGUGUAAAGCUCAUCAGACCACUCACCGUGUUUGGACAGGAUGAUGCUAUCCACGGUGGCCACUUUGAAGUGCACUUUGAAGAUGUACGUGUCCCUGCCUCCAACAUUAUUCUAGGAGAGGGCAGGGGAUUUGAGAUUGCCCAGGGUCGUCUGGGGCCAGGCAGGCUGCACCACUGUAUGAGAGCUGUUGGACUAGCAGAGUUCGCACUGGAGCUACUCUGCCAGCGGGCCUUCAUCAGACACGCCUUUGGAAAAAGACUGUGCUCACAUGAAGUUGUUGGCCACUGGGUAGCAGAGUGCCGUCUCAUGAUAGAGCAGACACGCCUGCUGACUCUCCAUGCUGCUCAUGCUCUGGAUACAGUAGGCAGUCGGGCAGCUCACAAGCAGAUCGCUAUGAUCAAAGUCGCUGCAGGAAGAAUGGCCUGCAAGGUGGUGGACAUUGCCAUCCAGGUAUAUGGUGGUGCAGGUGUGUCUGGAGAUGUCCCACUAGCACAGAUGUACUCAUAUGCACGGACUCUGCGGAUCGCUGAUGGCCCAGAUGAGGUGCACCUUAACUCUAUAGCCUACUUGGAACUGAAAGAUCAACUGGAGAAGGCACAGGCUAAGCUCUGAAAUAAAUAUGGCCGCAGCUUCUUUAAAUUGCAGUAAACAAACAGUCACUGCUCUGAUGAACAUUUUUGGCCUUACAAGGUUAGUUACUAAGAGUAAACGUGAAUGUCUGCAAAAAACACUGAACUUUGUUAUUUCAAGUUAAAUAUAAAAAAAAAGCUUAAUUAUCUGUAAAUAAGUACCUGUACAUGCUUCACAUGUGAAAUUAAAAUCAAACAGAACAUGA